CCGGCCCGGGGUCACCUGACCCUAAAGUGGGCUAGUCAUGGCGUCUUCCUUGUUAGCUGGCGAGCGACUUGUACGCGCUUUGGGCCCCGGCGGGGAGCUGGAGCCAGAGCAGCUGCCCGGGAAGCUGCGGGCAGAGCUUGAGGCCGUGCUAGGGAAGAAGCACAAGGGCGGCGAUCGCUCGGCUGGCCCCGCUCGCCUGGUUUCUUUCCGCCUGAUCCGGGACCUGCAUCAGUACCUGAGAGAAAGGGGUUCCACACUAUACCUUCAUGAGCUCCUAGAAGGCAGUGAAAUCUAUCUCCCAGAGGUUGUGAAGCCUCCUCGGAACCCAGAGCUAGUUGCCCGUCUGGAGAAGAUUAAGAUACAGCUGGCCAAUGAGGAAUAUAAGCGGAUCACCCGCAAUGUCACCUGUCAGGAUUCAAGGCAUGGUGGAACCCUCAGUGACCUGGGAAAGCAAGUGAGGUCAGUGAAGGCUCUGGUCAUCACCAUCUUUAACUUCAUUGUCACGGUGGCAGCUGCCUUCGUCUGCACUUACCUUGGAAGCCAGUAUAUCUUCACAGAAAUGACCUCGCAGGUACUGGCAGCAUUGAUCGUGGCCUCUGUGGUGGGUCUGGCUGAGCUGUACAUCAUGGUGCGGGUGAUGGAAGGUGAGCUGGGAGAGCUGUAACCGUGCUUCAUCAUCAAAGUCUGGAGACUCCAGGCUCCCAGCUGCCAAUCACUGAUUCUCAGUCAACCCAUCAGGCUCUUUGUACUCAGCUCCGGUUAGUCAGAGGGCUGAGCCAAGACCACCUGCUGUUCCUGUGCGGAGCCCCAUCCUCUGUCAGUUUACAGAGUGGGCAGUAGAGGAGACUCAGACAACGACUGGAAAGAACUGGUCUAGCUGUACAUUCUCCUGAACCCGGUGCCCAUCUGCCUUCUACAGUCCAUUCUGGGCAUUGCUGGGGCUGGGUUUUUUUUUUCCAUUGGAAGUAAAGAGAAUCCAGGCCUUUCCAGAAGUAGAUCAUACUGCCUUGAACUUGCCCAGGUGCAGAAAUCAGUGGUCCUCCUUGCUCCACACAUCUUGAUGCAGACCUGUAAUUUAGAUUAGAAGACUCCAAGAAAGCAGAAGGGAUUCCCUUUCUUCAGUUUGUGCUGGAAGAGGAACCAAUUAGAGGACAUCAAAUAAGAGAAAGCCGGGUGGUACAGGAUGGUGGAAUCAGAAGCAAGGCAGCUACCUUAUUGGAAUCUUAGUUUCUGUCUUCAUCUUCUUCCUUCUGCUUGCCUUGCUCAGAUUUUCUAUAUGCUUCUGCCCGUCUCCACCACUCACCAGCCCUCCUUAAACCUCCCACCUUCCUAUCACCCUUUGCUCUGCUUCCAAAAAUGAAAACAGUUCAGAUGGCAAAACAGUAUGUUUGCUUUUAAUUGCAAAACCCCUUGUGCUUGUUUGUAUUUGUGGGGAGAGUAUGCCUACUGUGAAUUGUCUCAACUAAUAAAGGGAGACAUUCUUGGUA